AUGGUUAAAGCAUUUUGGUUUACUGGAUAUAAAGGUGUUUAUUAUUAUGAUGGACAUGAGCGAUCUGAUGUACUUGAAUAUCGACAGUAUUCUAUGUUAAUGCUGGCAUUAAAACCUUUGGAAACUGACAUCAACCUCUUCGUGAAAAAGGAAGGUUUAAAAUGGAAUGGUGUCAGAUGGAGCAAUACAGUCAAUGCAUCUUCCAGAUGGUCAACCAAAAGGUAUUCAUUUAAUUUUGGAAGAAUGUGGAUUGUGGCCUGA